AUGUUACAGCUCGAAGAAAAGACGCGUUCACGGGCGGGUAGAACUGAGGUAACUGAAGGAUCAUCAAGUUAUGAACAUGUACCACCUCCUUCCAAACUAGCAUUUAUGAAGUCUGAUCCGUCUAAUAAAGCGCUAUUACUAAAAUCAAUAUUUGAAUAUAUGUAUAUCAGUGAUGAUGAAGCAGAUAAAAAAAGAACAAAGGAAACUAUUACAUCUUCAGGUGAUUAUAAAAGUAGGAAAAUAGGUUAUUUGGAAUAUAUUUUUUACAAAUGUCUUUUAGUAUUCCUAUUUAUUAUCUAUGGUAUUUACAGAUAUCUUCAAUUAAAAUACAAUUUUUUGAAAUUGAAGAUAUAUAAUAUAUAUUAUAACCCAUCAAACACUCCACAGUUAAUUAGACAAGAUGUGACUCAAUUGAGUAAAAUUCCAAAACGACUUGCAGCAAUAUUGGAGAUUAAGCCUGUUGGUGAUGUUGAUGGAGGCAUUAAUGGUUUAUUGAAUGAUGGAAGUAGACUUGUUUGCUGGACUGUAUCUGCAGGCAUCAAACAUUUGAUGUUAUAUGAUUAUGAUGGACUAUUACAAAGAAAUGUUCAUAAAUUUAGAGAGGAAAUUUAUAAUAAAUUAGUGAAAUAUUAUGGUCCAACUAAUACACCUAAUUUUGCUGUUAAGAUUCCUCAUUCGAAUAAAGUUUAUUAUAAUAACACAGAUGAAUAUGAUAAUAUAGAUACAAAAGUAGUUAUUGAGAUUUCUUUACUAUCUAAUAGGGACGGCCGUGAAACGAUUGUAGACUUGACCAAAACAAUGGCAGAAUUAUGUGCAGCAAAGGAAUUGAAAAUUUCAGAUAUUACUAUGGAUUUAGUGGAUUCUGAAUUGACUCAAUUAGUUGGUCAUGAACCGGAUUUGUUAUUGUAUUUUGGUCCCAGUUUAGAUUUACAAGGUUUUCCACCUUGGCAUAUCCGUUUAACUGAAUUUUAUUGGGAACCAGAUAAUAAUGCGGUGACAUAUUCAAUAUUCAUUAGAGGUUUAAAAAAUUAUGCAGGGGCCAAAAUGAAUGUUGGUAAAUAA